CUCAGUUGAAAACCGCGUUCGUACAGGCGGAAAAUAUGGAGUUCCACAACACGUUGGUGAUACUGGCUCUUUGUCUACUGUUCGCUGAGGCAAGCAUGCGCGAUCCCCGACAAGACCAUCAGAAAAAUAGACGCGCUCAAAAAUCCAGUUCUACGACGACGGCCAAACCCGAACCCAAAAAGCGCCAGCCGGACGGCCAGUUCAAGAACGAGAUCAAGUACGACCCGAUCGAGGUGCAGUACCAAGUGCAGCAGUACCCGAAUCUAGUAGGCGAGGCCCAUCACCAACAACCAUCGAAUGUGCCGCAGAUCACGCAGACUCUGCAACAGCAACAGGUGAAUUUGCAACAGGUGCACGUACAGCAACCCAUGCUCCAACUGCCCGCCGCCACCUCCCAGCUGCACCCCUUCCACCAGCAGCAGAUCAUCCAGAUGAUCCAGCGGGCGCUGUACGCCACGCAGCGAAACAACCAGCCCACUGCGAUGAUCAUCAUCGCGCAGCCCGCACCAAGGACCGCGCAGCCCGUCUUCGAUAGCCCCUACGUCGGCCACGCGCAGCCCCUGGCGGGCUUCUACCGCCAGCAGGACGACCAGCAGCAGGGCAAAUAUCAACUAGUACAAGAAUCCGCCCCACAACAGCUCCCUCAAUACAUCGCCGAAUCCAACCUCCCCAACCACAUCCCCCAAAACUACCAGUUCCUCCCCGCCGCCUCCCCCUUCAACUACCAACCCACCCCCAUGCCCACCACCCACAUGUCCCCCGUCCAACCAGAAACAUACCCCCACCACCUCUCCCAGAUAUCCCAACUCGCCACCCAACAGUACGCUAGCCCCGCCCACAAAUACGCCGAUCCCGCCUACCGCUUCUCUGGCCCAGCCAACCAGUUCGCCGGCCAAUCGCAGCAGUUCUCUGGCCCAGCCCACCAGUUCGCCGGCCAAUCGCAGCAGUUCUCCGGCUCCGUCCCGGAUUACCUGAGCUCCGCGCACCAGUUCCAGUUCGACGCAGAGUCGCGUGGCGCAGGUGGGAGUGGCCAGGUGGGCGUGCCAGUGCGGUCUUUGCCGCCAAUCAUAACGGGCUUCGAGAAUUUCAGUCCGGAGCAGCAGGAGAAGAUCAAGGAGCAGCUGAGCGCGCAUUUCGGGGCGCCUUUGAAGCUGCUGCAUGGGAAGGAGAGCGCAGGGCAGUACCAGGGGUUGAAUGACGGGGGAUUCGUGCCCAGCCAGCAAGUGAAGGAGGGGAGGAGUGGUAGGAGCAGCAGUAUCAUGAGUCUGACGCCGAAUAAGAGUCAGAAGAUGUAGGGGAUUUUUAAUUAUUGUUUGUGAUUUUAUUUAGUUGAGGGCCAAGUUAUUGAAUGAAGGUGGUGAAUUUCCCGAAUCCUUGAUUGUUCAGUUUUUCCAGAGCAACUUCUGAAUGAAUAAUACACAGAACCCACAUGAGUUCAUUAGGAAGUAGGUUGUACUACUAUACAGGGUGAUUCAUUGAGAAUGAGAAAUCUCUGAACCAUAGAUAGUAAACACUAAAAUAUUGAGAUUGAGCCCAACAUGCCUGAUAGGAAUUUUGGUGGUUCUGGAGAAAUGAGUGAAAAACCUGAAAAGCCUGUUCAACGUUACAUAAAAAAAUGUGAUAUUUUUCGAAUCGUCUAAUUCUAACGGUCUCUGCGUUAUUCGCUUUUGAAGAGAUUUAUGUUCCACUUAUAACAUUUCAAUAAUAUUGAAUAAUAAAGUUAGCAAAGCGAUAGUAGAACACGGUAAUUGAUGACGACAAUCACUAUUAACAGAUAGAUAAACAGAAUUUUUUCAAAGUAAAUGUUCGACCAUCGUUAAGGAAACAUUUAAAAUAAUAUUUUCCCUUACCAACAUCAUUUAUAUAAGACAUGUUGGGUUAAAUCUUCAUAUUUUGGUGUUGGAUAUCUGUAAUUCAGAUAUUUCCCAUUCUUGAUGAGUCGCACUGUAUAGAUAACUACCAAAUUAAUCAAAAACUACUAGAAUAAUCAGUACCCAGUAUUAAGUCAGUACUAAAUGAAUAUUGAAAUACAAAAUUAAAUUACUAUACAGGGUGAUUUCUGAAGUUGCUUCAAGUUGAAAAUCAAUUUUGAUGAUCUGAAAUGUGAAUGCAAAUAUUUGUUGAUCCUACUAUGAGAAGGCUUUUAUUUAUUUUCCUCAAGUUUAACGUCAGCGACUGUAUUUUAUCUCGAGUGGAAACGUAUAUACAUAAUAUUACCUAAUUUUGUCUAAUGGUGACUUUUUUUCAAUGAUUUAAAACAUGUUGCCCUCGCAUGCUUCCUGUUAUGUAGGAGAAAAUUAUGAUGAUUGUAUACAAGUAAAUUUGAAUCGCCUAUUUCCAUUCAAUUGUUGCUGGAUAUCUAUCAGAAUUUGCAGAAUUUUAAUUGAAAAACUCAGAAUCUACACUGCCUGCAUAUAAGUUUAUAAGUACCUACUGAAAUGGAAGAGUUAAAACUAUCAAUUGGUACAUUCAACCUGUAUA